UCAUCAAAAAGGAUGAUGAAAAUUCAUUCAUCCAUCCAAAUUGGGGCCAGGGGGAUUACGGUGCCGUCGAGAGCUAGAUCGACCAGAGAGAGUUACGAUGGUGCGGAAGGCAUCGCAAGAGAGAGACAAGACUAGUAGUGUCCAAUAACCGCUAGAAUUCGUGGAGCUUGAAUUGCGAAGCUAGAAUUCGGCGAAAUUGGAACCGGGAUCUGGCGUUCACAGACGAGUUAGUUUUGAGCUACGGGGCUGGAUUUGAGGGACGGGGGUGGUUGCGACGGAAAACAGGGGGCGGCUCUCCGGAACGAUAAGCAGCGGCGUGCGAGCAGUCAGGUAGUCAGGCUUUAGCAACGCUUUCUGUGUAUAUUUUCGAGGCGAUUUAUUUUUAUUUUUAUUUUUGUUUUGUUCGAUGACCUUUUUUUCCGGUAGCAUUUGAUCGAGAGUGGUGGAGAUGAGUCAGAUGCGCGCUUCGGGUACCAGAGCCCUCGUAUGGGAAGCAUGGGCUGUGGCUGUGAACUGUUAGUGGCGUCGACAGGUCGUCGACAGUUCGUUUGCAGUGGACUGCUGCUCCACCUGGCCCGGUGAGCGGAGCUGGUCGUCUUUUGAGCCGCAGGGGUCGUCGUGAUGCAUGCUGGUGGUGGCUCUCCUCCUGUGCUUAUGCUCAUGCAUUGUUAGGAGUUCAUUCUUUCGCUAGCUUGAGGUGUUUGGAGGUGGAGAGAUCCUGUGAGAGAGCAGUUUGGCUGGGGGAAACUUGGUGUCUGUGCACGAGCUUUUCGUUCUUUUUUUUUUUUUUUUUUUUUUUUUUUGAUUCGACUGUGCGGAUCUUCGCUGGUUUGCUGGGAUUCCGUUGAUGUUUGAGAGUGUUUGGCCGUUACUUGAGAGAUAUCUAAUAGGUUACCGUUGAUGAAGCUUAGAUGUGAGGACAUAGACGUCGUACAUUGUGUGUUGUAUUGUCAAUGUCUACUUGCUGAUGUGUCUUGACGGACUGGUUCUCACGAACUAGCUGGUAUUUUGGUACGCUAGGAAGGUUGUCAUGAGAGUAGUUUUCGUGUUGCACUCCUAUCCAACAUUAUUGCACUUCGUUGAUUUUGUUUCUGCUGAAGUGCCGGAGUAGUGGAAGAUGUUUUAGAGCAGGGUUUAAGGUCUUUAGACGAUGCUCUGUGUAUGAGCGGUUUUCAUUGAUUGACGCCCUACUUAAUGCGUUGAGCAUCGAAAGACACGAUGUAUCGUCAGAUGAAAGAGGGUACGUUGUUACGGAAAAUGUCGCAAGAUCAAAUGAAGGCCGCGCUGCAUACGUAUCACCCCGCCCGCUUCCUGGCCACUCCCAAGGGUCGCAAAGUGGUGAAGACGAUGAACACGUUCAAGAUCACUAUCCUGUGUGGGUUUAUUACGCUUCUCGUGCUUCGUGGAACCUUGGGUCCUGGUGGACUCACCUGGGGCAGCAGUCCGCAGGUCGCCGAUUUGAGGGAGCAGAUCAUCAUGUCGCAGAGGGCCCGGGUGCUAGCCCAAGUUGAGGAAGCGAUUCCUGAUGAGGUGACUGCCAGCAAGUUUGUGGAAGAAGAUCAAUGGGACGGAGUUUCGCCUUACACUCUGGGCCCGAAAAUCACCGAUUGGGAUUUGCAGCGGGAGCUCUGGAACACGCGGAAUCCUGGCAGGAACCGGACUGUGGGUGGAAAGCCCAGGACGCUGCUCGUCUCGGGCUCGCAGCCUAGCCCUUGCGCCAACCCAAUGGGCGAUUUCUACCACCUGAAGUUUUUGAAGAACAGGAUUGAUUAUGCCCGUCUGCACGAUCUCGAGUUUUUCUACAACAUGGCCACUUUCGAGAAGGAAAUGAGCUCGUUUUGGGCCAAGCUUCCGCUGCUGAGGAAGAUGAUGUUGAACCAUCCUGAUGUGGAGUGGAUAUGGUGGAUGGACAGCGAUGCCAUCUUCACGGACAUGACCUUCGAGAUGCCCAUGGAGAAGUACGGUAAAAACAACUUGAUCGUGCACGGGUUCCACAAUCUGCUGUUCGAGCAACAGCGGUGGAUAGGUUUGAAUACGGGCAGUUUUCUCAUCCGGAACUGUCAGUGGUCAUUGGAUUUGCUCGAUGCGUUGGCUCCCUUUGGCCCGGAGGGUACCACUAGAAUUGAAGCAGGCAAAUUGUUAACUGCGAAGCUAGUUGAUCGACCUGUUUUUGAAGCUGAUGACCAAUCCGCUCUUGUUUACCUUAUCUUGUUUGGCGAUCCUAAAUGGAAGGCGAAUACGUAUAUUGAAUGGGAAUUUUUACUGCAUGGAUAUUGGAAAUAUGUAGUGUAUAACUACGAGGAAAUUAUGGCGAAGAAUCACCCUGGGUACGGAGAUGAGAGGUGGCCGUUUGUAACCCACUUUGUAGGGUGCAAGCCGUGCAAGCUAGGGGCAUCUACAGAGAAUGACGAAUGUUUCAAACAGAUGGAGCGAGCCUUUAAUUUUGCAGAUAACCAGGUGCUUGAGAAGUACGGCUAUACUCACACGGCCCUGGGUUCUUUCAAGACGCAAAAAAGUCGUAGGGACACUACUGACCCGCUAGGGUUGCAGCAGUUACAGCAAAACUCCACGAAACGCUCGAAGGAGACUGUUUCUAACUCAACUGUGAAGGAAGAGUCCGAGGAGGACAUACAAGAAGAAUUGGCUCAGCAGGCGAUGGCUCAAGAGAAGCUUGCUGAGAUGGACUUACCCGAAUAGAUCAUGAUUAGUUUCUUAACGGCAGAUGUAUAACCCCCUUAUUGGUCAAACCUCUUCCCGUGAUUCUCUCCUCGCAGUGCAACAACCCCAAGUAGAGAUCCUGAAGUUAACUCAAAGAGCUUUCAAUUCAACUUCAAAUUUUCAGUGACGUCUACUAGUCUUUUCAUAAGCUUUUAGGCUUGUAUUUCAGGCCUCUGCACGUAUGGAGGUGUGUCAUUUUAGUCCACCUUGUUGGCAGAUUGGCUCCAGUAGCGAAGAUUGUGCUGUAAUCUGUCUUAGGGGACGUUUGUAGAUGAUAAAAGGAUACUAGCAUAAGACUUGGGUUGCGAAAGCAAGACUUUGUGGAGCUCAUCCUGCAGCUUGACAGUGAUUUGGAUGGUCAGGGGUGUUGGAGCUCAUGUACUGUAAAAGAAUCCGGCUGUUUUUGCAAUUUUUCAAAGCAAUGCUUCAUUGAACCUUGUGCUCAA